AUGCAGGAACUACAGCAACUUUUUGCAGACCUUAAUGAACACUGGUUUGAUGCAUUCCCGGAGCCUCGCCCCAAUGACUGUACGACAGUUGGACCAUUGACAAAAGAAGAAAUGGAUAGCGCAGUGGACGCACGCAAAGACAAAUUGUACAUAUGUUUCAAGAAUAACUGCGGUGGGUCGAAGGCUGGACGACAGGCAAAGGCAAAGGCUACCGAUGCCUUCGAUGCUGUGGUACGAAGAAUAACAGAGUGUGAAAAACCCACUCGGACACUUCAAGAACACGAGGCUUACUCUAAACUUUACUAUGCCGACCACAUCCAAAAAUUGGUUCAAGAAACACUCAAAAAAGCAGAAGAGGAACAGCCACUCACUAAUGGCCAGCGCAUAGCUCUUUUGAAAAAGGAGACAGCUGCUCUCUACGCAGACGAGUCUGAGGAUGUUAAGAGUCAGGCCAAAGAAAAUCUUAUGAAGUUGGCGGCAAUUGUGAACCAGUUCAUAAAAGGUCUUGCAGAUGCCACCGGCCUGGCAUUUAGUCUUCUGGUGGGCAGUCCUUCUGCAGAGUUAGGUGGCUUAAUUGAUGUGUGGAGUUUCCAUGUCAGACAUACAAAACUAGGGAAUGAUUUCAGUCAAGCGUACCCUGAUUUUGAUAGCGGGAUUAUCACACCAUUUCGUGAUUAUCUGUAUCGUGUGUACCCGGAUGCCGCAAUGUUGAAGCCAGGGGAAAUGGGUAUGUCGAAGAACUCAACUGUGAGUGUUGACUGGACGAUCACACCAAGUAGUACCAAAGUACCUCUCCCCUCGUCGUCGUCGUCUUUGACGCCGUCUUUGCCGCCAUUGUCUCUGACUUUCGACAAUCAGUUUGAUUUAAAUUCUGUUGAGCAUGCAGAGCUGGACUGGAUGUCUGAUGACUAUCUUGAUAGGUUACAUCAGAUGUCUAUGCAGAUGCUGCCAGGUGCACCUGCUACAGGUCCAGCUGACCCUCCCCCACAUACACCCAUCCCUCUUGGUCCUACUGCGACUGCAGCGCCGACUAUCAGUCAUCCCACUCCAUCAAAUUCAUUGGUCUCACCUCCUGUUGCCUUCCCCCCCAUUUUUUCUGACCCUUCCCCACAUACACCCCUCCCUCUUGGUCCUACUGCGACUGCGGCACUGACUAUCAGUCAUCCCACAUGGUCAAAUCUCUUGGUCCCACUACCUGCAACCAUUCUUUUGCCCCCCAUUGUGCCACUCUCCGAGAUGAUAGGCCCUGCUGUGCUCUCCCCUGUGCUAUCAGCUGCUGCUUCACUGCCUGCUGUGUCGCCCUACAUGAUUGAUACUCACCUCCCUCAACCCCAGCCACUGCCACGCCGCACUGCUUCAGUUAGUGCAGAAGCCCUGCCUGCUGCAUCACCCUCCAUGGUUGACACUCACCUCCCUCAACCCCAGCCACUGCCAUGCUGCACUGCUUCAUUUAGUGCAGAAGCCCUACCUGCUGCAUCACCCUCCAUGGUUGACACUCACCUCUCUCAACCCCAGCCGCUGCCACGCCACACUGCUUCAACUAGUGCAGAAGCCAACAAUGAUGUUGCCGAAGGUGGUCGCUGUCGCAGUGCAUGA